UCUUUACUCAGGUUUCCUCGAACGUCUGGGUCAAGAAUACAGUCGGCGCAGUCGUCGACGGUACUUUGCAUUGAGCGCGCACAUUGCAUGCCUGCGCUGUUCGGACUACCUUCAUUCCAUUGUUUUUGUGCUCUGUUUCAACUGCAUAUCAUUCCAUGGAUUGUAUCCGUAUUUUGUACUACUAGUAGCUACAGCUUGAAGCAAUAUGAUAUGAACCGUUCUCGCACGAUAUCAAACCGCUCGCAAGGAAUGCAAGGGAGUGCCACAUUGUGUAGAAACAGCUUGAACAACUCUCGCACGAUGACGCACAAUAUGGACUCCUUCUGCAUCGUGUAUUCGUCCGGAUUUCUUGUCGAGAUCGUGUGAGGGCGGUUUCAGCUGGCGGUGCACGAUGUGGCACGCUCUCACAUGUUCCCGCACUGACUGGUUUUCACUGGGGCUCACGGGCACUAGGGUUGGCAAAAAAAAAGG